AUGCCGUCCUUCUCCAACGACGCAUAUCCAUCGGCAACCGCAACAACAACGGCAACGGCCACCCAUCCUCGCUCGUUUGAUUCGCCUCGCAAGUCCCACGACAAAUCUUCCGUUGGUAACACCUUCCUGUGGACCAACUGGCCUCACCCACCCAACGGCGACGCGACACACGACCCCAUUCAGAAUGACCGGCCACUGUUCACAAAUCUGAAGAACGGCAGUGCCUACUCGCUGAAUGGCCGAUCGAGCAUCGGUUCCUACACGCGCGAGAUGCCGCACUCCAUGGACGGCAGCGUGCACUCGCUAGGAAACGGGUCCGCCAGAGACCCCCGGGAUGCUGCCCGGCCGUCCGCAAUGCUGGACCGGAAGUCAUCGGACACUGGACCUGGAGCAGGCUCCAUGACAGCUUCGAUGUCAAACCAACCGGUCAAUGGUACAGCGGUCAACGGCCGUCACCCGGUCCAGGGAAAGCCUAUGGUCAAUGGCGAUAUCCCACGACCAUCUGACGAACCCCCCAUGUCAGACCGGGCAAUCAGCCCCUCGACCUCAUUAUUACAGAUUCCAAACUCGGAAGACUCAGGCCGCCUCUCCCCAGAGCCAGAUCGGUUGAUCCCAGGCCCGCGACCUAGUCAACACCGUUACUCCUCCCCUCCCGUACCGGUACCGUCCAUGAUCGAUGCCGCCUCCGCACCAGAAUCCCAACAAUCCAGCAUGCGACACCGGCACUCGCUGCAGGUUCCACGCACCCCGAGCGUUCGUCGGAAUAGUAAAGAUCAGAAUGAGGAUACCGCCUUUAGCAGUGGUCGGUUGUCCCCCACCGUGGGCGGCAAUCGACGCACAUCCCUUGGCCUAAUUCGUCGGGCCACAAAGUCACAGUCGGAGCCGCCUCUGGAUGAGGCACCCCAGGAUGAGGAUGCGGCCAGGUGGGCGGAAGCAAUCAAACAAAAGCGCGCUUCGCGACGACGGCGCGAAGACGAAGACGAUGAACGAGUCAUUGUCGGCACCAAGGUUGACCAGAACCAUGUCAACUACGUUACGGCGUACAACAUGUUAACGGGAAUUCGCUUCACUGUGUCGCGCAUCAACGCAAAGAUGGACCGGGAACUUACUCCGGCGGACUUUGACGCCAAGCACAAGUUCUCCUUUGAUAUUACCGGAAACGAGUUGAUUCCAUCAGCCAAAUACGAUUUCAAAUUUAAAGACUACGCCCCCUGGGUCUUCCGACGACUUCGAGCCAAGUUCCGCCUCGAUCCUGCCGAUUAUCUGAUGUCCCUCACUAGCAAAUAUAUCUUGUCCGAACUCGGCUCGCCAGGUAAAAGUGGUAGUUUCUUCUACUUCUCGCGUGAUUACAAGUACAUCAUCAAAACCAUCCACCACGCCGAACACAAGCUCCUCCGCAAGAUCUUGCCAGAGUACUACCGACACGUGGAGAAGAAUCCCAACACUUUGAUUUCGCAAUUUUAUGGGUUGCACCGUGUCAAGAUGGCAUAUGGUCGCAAGAUCCAUUUUGUUGUGAUGAACAACUUGUUCCCCCCCCACCGAGAUAUCCACCAAACGUUCGAUCUGAAGGGCUCAACGAUUGGUCGGGAUCUGCAGGAGUCAGACCUCGAGCGGAAUCCACGCGCGACAAUGAAAGACCUGAAUUGGGUUCGAAGGAAUCGUCACCUGCAAUGUGGACCCACUAAACGAGACUUCUUCAUUGAGCAGCUGAAACGGGAUGUGGAAUUGCUUAAAAGACUGAAGAUAAUGGAUUAUUCCCUACUGGUAGGAAUCCAUGAUACUGAACGGGGCAAUGAAGAGAAAUUACGAGACAAAACCCUUCAAGUCUUCCAGCCUGGUGGAGAUCGUGAGGAGGACUCCACCCCGAAUAUGCUAAUGCGAACACCCUCAAAACUGGAGAAUGAGCGUAAAGCCCGAGAGCUUCGCAUGCUAAUUAAACGCGAGCGACCUGUGCCCUUGGACAAGGCGGCUGCUAAGAUGCCGGAAGAAAUACUGGAUGAGCGCAAAUACCACGUCUUCUAUGCCGAUGAUGGAGGAUUCCGAGCUACCCAUGAGAAUGGCAGUCCUGGUGAAGAAAUCUAUUACCUGGGAAUCAUUGAUUGUCUAACUCAUUAUGGAACCAUCAAAAAAUUCGAAAAUUUCUUCAAGGGUCUUUCCCACGACCGGACUCAAAUUUCCCCCAUUCCACCAGAGGGAUACGGCGAUCGCUUUAUUAAUUUCGUCAAAGGCAUCACCAUGUCAAAGGAAGAAGCGGAGCGCCGACGAGAGUCUCAAGUAUCGGCUCGCCCAUCAGGAGAUAACAGGCAAUCACGGUCAUCUUCUGUGGAGCGAACAAUGCAGUUAGCCGAGAAGGAGGCGGCAAAGGAUGUUUCUGUCACACACCCCCGAACCUUGGCCACGGUGUGGGACCCUGCAGAUGCUGCAGGCCCCGGUCCGACUUCGACUCUUCCAAUUGUGGACGAGGCGGGUGAGGCCAGCAGCUUAGGUGGCCACAGCUCACACAGUCGACAUGGCCGUCCUGCUACUGACAAGGAACUCCCUCCUGCUCCAUUCGAUGAGCCCCCAGCGCCUCCCAGCAAAGGAAAGGAAAUUGACCGGGGAUAA